AUGGCAGGAACUGGGCCGGAAUGGCGGAAGCUGGUACUUGGGAACUUCCGGUGGGCGGGCAUUUUUAAGAGCGCAAGGCGGUACUUCCGGUGCUGUUUGCUUCCGGACGCGGUCGUUCCGAAGCCCCGGCCGGAAGAGGCUGCUGCGGGUUCGGAUCUGCGCGGGGCCAUGUCUGUGGAUUUUAAGACUUACGUCGAUCAGGCUUGCAGAGCUGCUGAGGAGUUUGUCAGUAUUUACUACGACACCAUGGACAGGAGGCGCCGGGCCCUGCCCCGGCUGUACCUGGACGAGGCCACCUUGAUAUGGAAUGGCAACGUUGUCACAGGGCUGGAAGACCUCGCUAACUUCUUUGAGAUGCUGCCUACCAGCGAGUUCCAGGUGAACAUGCUAGACUGCCAGCCGGUGCACGGGCAGGCCACCCAGGCCCAGAGCACCGUGCUGGUGGUGACCAGUGGCACGGUCAAGUUCGAUGGGAACAGACAACACUACUUCAACCAGAACUUCCUGCUGACCACGCAGCCCACCCCGCGCAGCACCGUGUGGAAGAUUGCCAGCGACUGCUUCCGCUUCCAAGACUGGGCCUCGAGUUAA